CCCCCGCCUGGCGCCGCAGCCAACCGCGAUCGCUGCGGGAGCGCAGGGCACCGCCCCCGUUGCCACGGUGCGCGCGGGGCCGCCGGAGGGAGCGAAGCGCUGGCCAUGAGCGCGGUGCUGGACGUGCUGUGGGAGGACAGAGAUGUCCGCUUCGACAUCUCCCCGCAACAAAUGAAAAUGAGACCUGGAGAGGUCCUUAUAGACUGCUUAGAGUCUGUUGAAGAUACCAAAGGAAACAAUGGAGACAGAGGUAGACUGCUUGUGACAAAUUUGCGGAUUAUUUGGCGCUCAUUGUCAUUGCCCAGAGUCAAUCUCUCUGUUGGUUACAACUGCAUUAUAAAUAUAACGACAAGAACUGCCAACUCGAAAUUGCGAGGGCAGACAGAAGCGCUGUAUAUAUUGACAAAAUGUAACAACACACGCUUUGAGUUCAUAUUUACUAAUGUUGUCCCCGGGAGUCCCAGGCUCUUCACUUCAGUUAUUGCGGUACACAGAGCUUAUGAAACUUCUAAAAUGUAUCGUGACCUGAAGCUGAGAAGUGCAUUGAUUCAAAACAAGCAACUGAGAUUAUUACCACAAGAACAAAUAUACGAUAAAAUCAAUGGAGUCUGGAAUUUAUCAAGUGACCAGGGAAAUCUGGGAACGUUUUUUAUUACUAAUGUGAGAAUUGUUUGGCAUGCAAAUAUGAAUGACAGCUUUAAUGUCAGCAUACCAUAUCUACAAAUUCGUUCAAUAAAAAUAAGAGACUCAAAGUUUGGCUUGGCGCUUGUGAUAGAGAGUUCUCAGCAGAGUGGCGGAUAUGUACUUGGUUUUAAAAUAGACCCUGCAGAGAAACUACAGGAGGCAGUGAAAGAAAUUAAUUCACUUCACAGAGUUUAUUCAGCUAACCCUAUAUUUGGAGUGGAUUAUGAAAUGGAAGAGAAGCCUCAACCUCUUGAAGACCUAACAGUGGAGCAGGUUCAAGAUGAUGUGGAAAUAGAAGCUGAUGAAUAUACAGAUGCUUUUGUGGCUUACUUUGCUGAUGAAAACAAGCAACAUGAUGGUGAGCCUGUUUUUUCAGAAGAACUAGGACUUGCAAUAGAGAAGCUAAAGGAUGGAUUCACGCUCCAGGGACUCUGGGAAGUAAUGACCUGAUUUAGAUUGGCACGUGUUUGUUUCCUAAAGCAAGUAAAGACUCUCAGUUCUUACUCGGCUUGUGAGAUCUGUAGAAGGUAAUUUAGAAAUACCGGAUUAGCAGAAAAAUGACAUGCCAAAGUUAAAGAGCAGCAAAUAUUAGAUAAUAUGUCCUCAGGAUAUGUCAUAAAGGAAAGAUUAUUCAAAACCCUCGUAUGUGUAAAAGCUUUGUAUGUAUUACCUUGGUUCUGUAAGCAGUGACAGGACAACCGAUAUCUACUAUAAGAAGGGGUGGAGCCCCAGCUGCUGGUGGCAGCCCUGUCCCCUGCUGGCAGUCACAUGUUCCACUGGCCCCAGAAGUCCCACCUUUCCUCUGGUCACAUCCUGGAAGCACCUGAGAAGUCCCUCUUUCUGUCUGGCUAUAAGGACCUGGAAGUCCCUCCCCACGAUGUGCACAGUGGCUGCCAUUUUAUUUCAGCUGCCAUUAUGUAAAAUGUCCUACCGCCAUGUUUUCAUACUGGUCUGUGGUUGGCUGGCUGUGGGUUUUGACGCACUUAUACCUCAGGUGUUUUCAGGCUUGUGAUUGGCAGGAUCAGCCACCCCAUCCUGCCUCCCCCAGAAGGCUGUCAGGGCAGGACGCCCCCUCCCCUAACAACACAGGGUCUGCCACAGUGUUUCAGCUUCAGCAGCCAUUUUAUGGCAGGUAGCUACUUUUUUUCUCUCUCUCUCUUUUUUUUUUCAACUUAACCACCCCUGUGUUUGCAGACUGCCCUGUGAUUGGCUGCCAGGACCAGCCACCACCUGCCAUUUUACCCAGAAGUAGGUCAGAAAAGGAAGCUUCCUCUUCCUAUGUACAGGGAGACCAUCAUUUGAGAUAGGGCAGUCUGUGGGAUAUGGUUUGAUGCUCAAUUUAAAAUAUUCUUGUAUUUAUACACGGUGAUGUACUUUCCCAUAAUGAUUGUAUCUAAGUCAAAAUCAGAUUUCUAUGAAACACAGAAAUAUCAUCAUAUGUAGAACAUGUUGUCUCUAGGUAUAUUGGCUGUGCCAUUGCAGCGGUGCUGUGUUAGUGCUAACUUAGACAAUACUGUUUCAAAUUAGUUUUGAUGUCUCAGAAUUUUGUUUAAUGUUCAGCACAUAUCAUUCCAGGUACUUAAUUGUAAUCCAGAUAUCCUCAUACAGUGUUUUCUUUUUUUUUUCCUUUUUCUUUCCUUUUUUUUUUCUAGAACACUUAAAGGAAUUAUCUAGAAAAAAGUGCACACACAAAUACCGUCUGUGUUUGAGUCACUAGACCUUUAUGAUGUUAUGUGUUAGAGAGAAAUGAGUCAUUUAUUGUUUAAAGGAAGAUGCAGCUGUUACGCUUUCUAGUGAGAUAAGACCUCUAUGCUAUUUUCUAUAAGUGGAAAAAGUCAAAUGAGCUCGCCUCUCAGCUGUUUUAGCAGCUGACUGUUAUAGUAAAGUCACUGUCGUGUGAAUAUAAUUGUGGAGUUUGUAGAAAAUCUCUGGAGGUAUUUGCUUUAAUGAAAUACUACCUAUAUUGAAAAGCAAUCAUUAUUUCAAUAAACUUCAACAAUGUUAUACCUCA